AUGGCCCCGCGGACAACAAAGUCUUCGGAGCGCCGUCGCUGUCCCCAGGCCUGCCGCACCUGCAAGCGCAGAAAGGAGCGCUGCGACGGCCAGCAGCCUUGCAACCGCUGCAUCGCACGCGGCGUCGCCUACGGGUGUGUCUUCUCGCGGCCUCUGCCCCAGACGCAGCAGGCCCCGGCCCCAUUAUCAUCAUCAGCAUCGCAGGUGCAGGCUCCGUCCCCGGCCGCAUAUUCGCAGCCCUGCCGCUCGAUUGACAUCGACGGCUUCCGUCCCACCGAGGGCGCCGCGUCCGCACAGACCAGUGCCUCGGCGCCAGUAUAUCACCACAGCCCGUCCCUGGACUCGGUGCUCGCCGCGUCGCCCGCUUCCGUACCCCGGCACCUCUCCCGCCUCAUCCAGGCCGACAGGGCCGACAAGGGGAGGAGUCUCUUCUUCCUCGGCGACUCGGCCAACGUCUGCUUUCUGCAAGUCAUCCGCCGGCUCUUCAGGCAGUCGGUCGGCUUCUGCGCCUUCACCGACGACCCCCUGCAGCAUGUCUUUGUCGAGGCUGAGCCCAACGACGACGCCACCAACUGGAUCGUGUCGACCAUCCGGAGCCCGCUCCGAGCCCCGUCGCUGACCGAGGCGACCCAUUAUCUGACCUGGUAUCUUCGCUCCACCGACUGUCUGCUGAGCCACCUGUUCGACUAUACGCAGCUGAGGGAGUCCAUGUUCAGGUGGCUAGAGCAGGAAUCGUUGUCGUCGUCAUCGUCGUCGAGGGGAUCGCCUCGGAGCGACGGCGCCGGCCUGGACGGCCGCUCCGACAGAGGGCACGACGAGAAGGGCUGCGGCAUCGACGCCGGCGACGUGGAGCAAAAGGCCAUCUUCUACCUCGUCCUGGCCAUCGGCGCGCAGACGGCGCCCGACGGCGACGACAGCGCGGCCGAGGUCUACUUCAACUACGCGCGCUACCUGCUGCUGUCGCGCGCGGCCGUGUCGGCCAGCAUCCCCAUCAUCCAGGCCUACAGCAUGAUCACCAUGUUCCUGCUCGGCCAGUCGCGCCGCAACGAGGCCUUCAUCCAGCUCGGCAACGCCGUGCGCGCCGCCUACGCGCUCGGCAUCCACCGCGGCGACAUCAACGCCGUCUACCCGCCCGACGAGUACUCGACGCGCGAGCGCCUCUGGCGCGUCCUGCGCAUCCUCGACAUCUACCUCAGCGCCAGCAUGGGCCGGCCCCGGUCGACGGCCGAGACGCGCGACACCAAGGCCGAGGACGCGGCCCGCUACUCGGCCUGCCUCGACCUGUGCUCCAUCUUCGAGGCCAUCCUGACCGAGGUCUACUCCAAGUGCCCCGUCUCCACCGCCACCAUCGACCAGAUCGGCCGCCGGUACCGCCUCUGGACCGCGCGCUUCGCCCAGGGCCUCGCCGCCGACAACCUCCAGCUCGGCGAGCACGUCGAGGCCGACAACCUGCGCACGCCCAACAUCGGGCUCGUCAACCUCAAGGGCGCCUACCACUGGUCCGUCAUGCUGCUCACCCGGCCCUUCCUCGUCGAGCACAUCACCGCGCACAUCUCCCGCUCCAGUCCCGCGGAUAGGGGUAGUAGCAGCAGCAGCUCGGAACAGCCGCCGCCUCCGCCUCCUCCUCCUCCUCCUCCCUCCCAGACCAACGAGGUGCUGACCUACGCGUGCAUCAACUCGGCCGUGCAGUCGCUCGUCCUGCACCGCCACCUCCUCGCCGCGACAAAGGUGCCGCGGCGGCAGCCCUACGUCGUCAACGUCACCUUCGUCGCCACCAUGGUCGUCGGGCUCGCGCAGCUCGGCGACUUCGACCGCCUCUUCCCGCUCGACAAGAGCCUCGUCCUCGGCCAGCGCCUGCUCGACAAGUUCGGCCGCUACGACCCCGUCGCCCGGCGGUACGCCGCCAUCGCCGCCGACCUCCAGGCCGCCUGCGACGCCUCGGUCGAGUGCCGCGCCCGCUUCAACCGCGAGCGCCACAGCCUGCUCAUCGACAGCUUCUUCGGCACCGUCGAGGGCGGCGCCGGCGACGAGGGCCUUCCCUCGUCGGUGAUUUUCGGCCCGGAUCUGCCUCCCCCCCCUCCUCCUCCUCCUCCUCCUCCUGCACCCGCUGCUGCCAACUCGCCGGGCCCGGGCGCCAUGUUCCAGCCCAUCUCGCCGCAGACUACGGUCGGGCAGGCUGACGAGGAGUACGCGGCCGCCAUGCACAUGCCCCAGUACUACGCGGGGAUGAACCCCACCCCGCCGUGCACGGACAAGGGAUCCCAGCGCCAGGGCGCCACCGGCUCGGGGGCCAUGGAGCUGCAGCAGCAGCAGGACCUGGAGGACAUGGGCAUGGGUGGCGGCGGCAGGAAUCAGAUGUUUGGGGGCCUGCCGGACACGAUCCUCUCGCUGUCUCCACGGAUGAUUGACUUUGACUCGAGUAACAUAGACCUUCAGUUGUUUCCGCUCAUGGACGGAUCCAUGCUAUGA